CACCACCACCACCACCACCACCUUCUACACAUUCGACCGGUUCUCAGCAACACCCUAGUAGCCCUUAAAUGUCUUCGCUGCUGCCAAUCAGAACCCACCACCUAUCCCCCUCUUUCCAAUUCAAGAAACGCUCCCUUCUCUCUCCACCUCCCACCCUUCUCUUCUAUCCUUGCUUAAGUCCAUCUUUCUUGAGAUUCGGCAAUGGUGAAAGAUCAUUGCACCGCGAUGGUGUUCUUGCCCGAGCUGAAGACAAGGCCCGAGGCUCUUCUGCAUCUCCGGCUCGACAACAGCACCAACCCAACUCAGAGAAGCAGCUUCAGGACCUGACACCCUUAUCUGGAGCAUGUGAUCCUUUAUGUUCAGUCGAUGAAACGAGUACACAGGAAUUUGAAGCGAAUUACCAGCCAAAGACAGAUUUGCUGAAGGCACUUGCAAUUCUUGCAGCCGCUGCAACAGGGGCAGUGGCUAUUAAUCAUUCCUGGGUGGCUGCAAAUCAGGAUAUUGCCAUGGCACUGCUAUUUGGAAUAGGAUAUGCAGGCAUAAUUUUUGAAGAAUCUCUUGCCUUUAACAAAAGUGGAGUGGGAUUGCUGAUGGCUGUGAGUUUAUGGGUUAUACGGAGCAUUGGAAGUGUCGAUUGUGAAUUCUUAAUGGAUGGCUCUUCCGCGAUUUGCAAAACAGAGAACGGAUCGAAAGGGUGCUUGCCUAUUGCGCAAGCAAAGGGAAAGUGGAAAGCUAUUGUAAGCUGUGUAGUAAGCCUUUGUAAGGUGUACCUUGGUUGUGCAGAUUUGUUUCCUCCUAGUAGUUGUUGCCCAACGACUUUGUUGAAGAUAUUAUUGGAGGUCGGUGGUGCAUAUCGCGUGGGAGUUGACAAGCCCAGAUUCCCACUAGCCCAGAUUCAGAUCAGGCCUAGCCCACUUCAUGGGUUGAGUCCAAACCAUUAA